AAAGUCAGAUAGACAAAUGAGAAAUGACCAUUUGGGUCCACCGGCUGAAUCUGAAUUAGUCAGUGCCAGUAGAUUUUUGGAUAUCAAAGUGAAUGUCGAGAAUAACCCCUUUGGAAUGCACGAUCUUUCAUGGUGUUGGGGAGCAGCAGAGAUAAGAGUAAAGUUCUCGCCACCCUCACCUCUGCAAUCCAAAAGAGACAGCCUUCUCUUUCAGCUCCAUCCAUAGAUAUCUCUUUCCUCAGUUUUGGUGGUGCCAUUUGCUCUGAGUCCACUCAUUUCGUCUUAUUGGCCAUUGAUAUUCAAGCCUCUCCCUUUCUUUCUCUUGCUUCUGGGAUUCGGCUAAUAUGUGACGAGGAUGUCUCUCAACAUGUCCUCUGUUUCCUCGUAUCUGCUCUUGCUCUGUUUCUUCCUCCCCUCGUUCUCUGCAGCCGCCCUCAACAUUUCCGAGAUCCUCGAGAAAUACCCGGAUUUCCGCUCCUUCAGCAUCCAUCUCAGAGAGACCGGUUUAGCAGAUUCCGUCAAUGGGGGGAAGAAGAUCACGGUUCUUGCAGUGGACAACAGGGCCAUGUCCAAGAUUUCCGGGGGUCCGACGGAGGAGGUCGAGAGGCUCCUGAGGCUGCACCUGGUUCGAGGCUACUACAGAGCAAGGCACCUCCUGCAGCUGACCAACGGAACCGCCUCAUUGCCCACGUUCUCCCAAGAUGAUCUCGUCCGCGUUAAGGCUUUGAGGGGUGGCGGGGUUGGCUUCAGUGCUGCAGGUGAAGGACCGGGGCUCGGUGCCGAGCUGUUAAAGCCCGUCUUUUCUCAUCCAAAGGACCGCGUCGCGGUUCUGCACGUAAGCGAUCUGAUAAGGCAACAGGACAAUGCAUCAGGGAAUUGCCUUACCUUCUGUGCUUCUGCUAGAUCAAAGAAGGUUGAGGCUUUGCCUAUCAGCACUGUCUUCAAGCUCCCUGCACCAUUGCCGAGCUGGCCAGCCGGAAAAGGAUUUGCAAGUGGAACGAUCGAUCUCGGUGGAUUGCUAGUGCAACAGACAACAACUUUCACAAAAGUUUGGGCGACCCAUGAAGGAGGACCUGAUAACCUCGGGGCUACAUUUUUCGAACCUUCUCUCUUACCAGAAGGAUACUUCAUGCUGGGCUCUUAUGCCCAACCGAACAAUAAACCUCUGUUUGGCGGAAUACUCAUCGGGAAAGAUGGGACAAAUAGCCUAACAAAUGGAACUUUGAAGAAGCCGAUUAAUUACACACUGGUUUGGAGCAGCGAGUCCUUGAAGAUAAACCAAGAGGGCAGCGGCUACAUUUGGUUACCGGUUCCACCCGAUGGUUAUACAGCAGUAGGUCACGUGGUUACGACCUCAUCGGAGAAGCCAUCUACUGACAAAGUCAGAUGCAUCCGGUCCGACUUAACUGACCACUGUGAAACCGACACGUGGAUUUGGGGAAAUGGGAAUGCCAUCAAUGUUUUCACCUCGAGGCCAAGCAUAAGAGGUAUUGAAGCUCGUGGGGUUGGUGUGGGAGCAUUUUUUGCCCAGGCUAGUGCACCCAAUUCCUCUGUUCUGGCUUGUUUGAGGAACACGAAGUUCGAUUCGUCUUCUAUGCCAAACCAAAACCAAAUUGAAGCUCUUGUUCGAGAAUACUCUCCAUUGGUGUACUUUCAUUCCGAUGAAGCAUUUCUCCCAUCUUCGGUGGGCUGGUUUUUCACCAACGGCGCUUUGCUAUACAAAAAGGAAGAAGAAACAAAACCAGUUCCAAUUGAAAUGACCGGCUCAAACCUACCCCAAGGUGGUUCAAGUGACGGCACCUACUGGUUGGACCUUCCCUUGGAAGGAGCGGCCAAAGAUAGAGUUAAAAAGGGAGAACUCCAAAGCUCACAGGCAUACUUGCACGUGAAACCGAUGCUUGGAGCGACAUUUACUGACAUUGCUAUGUGGAUUUUCUACCCAUUCAAUGGACCUGCAAGAGCAAAAGUAAAGUUCUUCGAUAUUUCACUGGGGAGGCUAGGUGAGCAUGUAGGUGACUGGGAGCAUCUCACGCUGAGAAUCAGCAACUUCGAUGGCCGGCUAUGGAGUGUAUACUUGGCAGAACACAGUGCUGGCAUUUGGGUCAGUGCUGCAGAGCUCGAGUAUCAGAACAGCAGCACCAACAAGUUCGUGGCUUAUUCUUCUCUACAUGGGCAUGCCCUGUAUUUUAAACCAGGAAUGUUUCUUCAAGGUGGUGAAGGGAUUGGAGUGAGGAACGACUUUGCAAAGAGCAAGAUGUUCAUGGACACUGGGGCAAAUUUCUCAGUGGUUAAAGCUGAGCAUUUGGGGUCGGCCAUUAUUGAACCAGCAUGGCUUAAUUACUGCAGGGAAUGGGGCCCUAAAGUGGACUAUGACAUUGCAGAGGAAAUGCAGAAGGCCGUGAAAGUGUUGCCUGGGAAGCUUAAAACUGCAUUUAGAAGUGUUGUUCAGAGCCUUCCAGACGAGGUACUCAAGGAAGAAGGACCUAUAGGACCAAAAAUGAAAGGAAGUUGGAUCGGGGACGAAGUUUGAAAUGUUUCUAAGCACUUUUAGAGGAAAGCAUGUAACUGAAACGCAGACAAACAUGGAGAUGUGGAAAAUUCUAUAUUUCCAACUUUUCAUCUUUGGUAGAAACUAGUGAACGAGGAAUGUGAAACCAAGUCAGUAGCAGUUCUACAUAGUUAUUAAUAGGUUUGAAAUUUAUAUUGUGAAAAUUCAAAUGUGGACAAUAUUGAACUUCUUAUUC